GCAACGAUGACCCGAGUUGCGGCGGUGGCGUCCCGGUGGACUGCCAGGUCAGCAUGUGGCAGCAGUGGGGCGUCUGUUCCGUUACCUGCGGCAUCGGACAAAGGAUCCGCCAGAGGAAUCUUCAGAACAACCCGCACAAUGCCGGCAAGCACUGCGAUAGAUCGUUGGUGGUGACGAAGGCAUGUUCGCUCCAGCCAUGUCCCACCUGCAAUCGCGUGGAUUGCCUGUGGAGUGAGUGGGAAAUGUGGGGCGCCUGUGAUAAAUGCGGCGGCCAGCGAAAACGCUACCGCCAUGUCAAGGUGCAUGCCGAUUGCGGCGGGAUGGUUUGCGAGCAGAAGUUCGCCGAGGAGAUUGCGGCCUGCCCUCGCGCAUGCCACACGCCUUCCUUUUGUUCCUGGGAGGAUUGGCAGAGCUGGGGCGAAUGCAGCACAAGCUGCGGGGACCACGGAGUGCGCACGCGCGUGCGCUACCUGAAGUCUCAUUCGCAUCCGACCGAUGGCUACCAAGUCAACCAGGUGGAUCUGAAUUCCAUGCAAGGCCUAGAUGCCCUGGAGCAGAAGUUCCACGAGCUGAAGCACCGAGCCAAGAACGUGGAGCAGCAUCGCUUGGCCGAACUGGGUGCCGCCUUUGGGCUCGGGUCGCUAAGCUUCAUGGCCGUGAUGGCCAUGGGUCAGCGACUUUCGAGAGGACAGGAAGACGAGAGGCCACUUAGCCUCUACGCUCCCAACAACCAUCGCUACGAGCCAGCGCCAUCCGAUGAGCCGCUGUAG